AUGGAUACCCAGAAGAAUGUCCAGCCCCCAAAGCAGCAGCCACUGAUCUAUAUAUAUAGAGACUGUCACAUGGAAAAUGAAACCAAAUCCAGGGAUCCAAUCAGAUGCAGAGAGUGUGGAUACAGAAUAAUGUACAAGAAAAGGACUAAAAGAUUGGUGGUUUUUUCACAGCUCAGGGAAUUUUUCAGAAGAGGAGGUAGAAAGGUUGUAAGGGCCACAGAUCGAGACAACAUGCCCAGAAGUAUUCCUUCCCCCAAAUAUAACUGA